AUGUCGCAGCAGGACGCUGCGGACCCGCCUUCGGCGACGGACGAGCGGCCGGGGGGUCUCCCGCGGACCGGCUCCGCCAGCCGCCUCAACGCGCAGGCGCCGGAGUUCGUGCCGCGCGCUGCCGCGGUGCCCCCGCCCCCUCCGCCGCAGGCGGUGGUGCGUCUGUUCGCGCCGCCUCCUCCUCCCGCGGCGUUCUUCGUCGCAGCACCCCCGCCUCCGCCGCCCCCGUUCGAGUACUAUGCGGCGGUUGCCACCGGUGGGGGUGCCAGGUUCGGUCCCCCCGCCGAGCAGGACGCCGAGGCUGAGCAGCCGCCGAGGGACGGGAGCUUCGACGACCCCGUGCCCAAGAUCAGGAAGCAGGUGGAGUAUUAUUUCAGUGAUAUAAACCUGGCCACCACUGAACAUUUGAUGAGGUUUAUUUCAAAGGAUCCUGAAGGAUAUGUGCCAAUAUCAGUUGUUGCUGGCUUUAAGAAAAUUAAGGCUUUAGUGCAAAGUAACUCCAUGCUUGCUUCUGCUCUUCGGACUUCAUCAAAGCUUGUGGUCAGUGAUGAUGGAACAAGAGUAAAACGUGAGCAACCAUUUACAGAAUCGGAUUUAGAAGAACUCCAGGCCCGAAUUGUUGUUGCAGAAAAUCUCCCAGAUGAUCAUUGUUACCAGAAUUUGAUGAGGCUCUUUUCAGCUGUUGGCAGUGUGAAGACAAUUAGAACUUGCUAUCCUCAGACCCCAAAUGGCUCUGGUCCAGCUACUAACAGAUCUGCAAAGCUAGAUAUGCUUUUUGCCAACAAACUUCAUGCUUUUGUUGAGUAUGAUACUAUUGAAGAUGCUGGUAGAGCGAUUGUGGAACUUAAUGAUGAGAGGAACUGGAGAAGUGGUCUUAGAGUUCGAUUGUUAAGCACUUGCAUGACAAAGGGAGGUAAAGGGAAAAAGGGUGGGCAUGAAUCUGAUGGGUAUGGUGAGGAGGAGAAUGUCUCCACUUCUGAUCAACCAAAUGAUAAACAUUUAGAAGGAACACCUCAAAUGUCUGAUGUGCCUGGAGAACACAUGACUGAGGAUAGCACUGGAGAUAUGGGACGAGGACGUGGCAGGGGACGUGGUCGUGGUGGCAGGGGCCGCGGGCGUGGUUUCCAUCAACAGAACAACAAUCAACACCACCAGAACCACCAUCAGCACUACCAAAACAGUAGCCACCACAGUAACAGGAGUAUUACCCAUCCAGUGGGAACCCCACCAUCUGGCCACUCAGUCAAGAUUGAGCAACCAUCUGGCCACCCAGUCAAGAUUGAGCAGCAGCAGGAGGCAACUCAGUCACAGCCCCUCACAGCGGCUAACAAACAGCCUCCAGGUCCCCGCAUGCCGGAUGGCACACGUGGAUUCACCAUGGGCAGAGGGAAGCCGCAAACAUUGACGCCCAGAGUAUCCGAGUCUGAACCUUGA